GUGUGUUUUACUGCUGGCUCCAGCACUGCUUCAGUGCGUUCCUGAUCUCUGUGCCCUGUGUUCUCUGUUCCCAUCCCUCCUUCCCUCCUCUGCUUUGUCCUGUCAGUUCUCUGCACCUCCAGGCAAAGUGAGGCGCUGUUUAUUCAUUUUUAACCCGCAGUGAUGAUUUACAGUUGAAGUGGGUGCGGUGUCUGAGCCCUGGAGGUGAUCUUGGGGGCGGGGAGGUGUUAUGGGGUGGAAUGCGUUGAUGGGAAGGAACCCGCAGAGCAGAACCCAAAGGCUGCGGGAGCUGGGUGACCCACCGGGUUACAGAUCGUAUCCUGAGCCCCAGAGAGCGGCGUGGGGCCGGAGAUGGCAGCCUUCUUCCUUCCCAUUAAAGGAGGCGUUGUGUGGAGCUGAGCAGCGCAGCACCCAGCCCUGCAAUCCUGGCACUGAGGAUAGGAAAGGAGCAGCACUCAUAGGAGGACAUUCAGCCUUUAUUGGCAGGCAGGAAUGGGACACAGCUGUGUUGACGGGAUGCUGGUCCUCCAGUGGCAGCUGUCUGCAGAUGGACGGGCUGUGCCUGCUGCCAGCAGUGGAGGUGAUGCUCCUCGCGGAUGGCUGGGCAGCCCCACAUGAGUUACGGGCUCAGAUUGGCACCCGCUUUUCCAGCCUGUGUUUUGGAGUUGGGAUUUUCCACCUCUGCCAGCAGUGGGUCGUUGUCAGAGGUCACUUUUGGGAUGUUUUGCAUCACGGCUUUACUACGGCUUCCCAUGGCACUGCAUCCAACCCCAAACGCACCCACAAUGACAGAGCUGCUGUUUGCUCUCCCGGAAAACAAUCUUGGGGGGGGAAAAAAAUAAAACACCACAACCAAAGCACAAAAAAAUCCGAAGCAAGUGGAGCUUUGGUUCCUUUCUCUGAUUUCAGCACAGCGCUGAGGAGCGAAGCAGACGGGUUCCAUCCCAAGGACAGCCUGGCUCCGCUCGCCCCGCCGCGUUCCCAGGAGGGAUGGAGGAGGUGA